CAGGAGCAGAGAUCUGCAAUAGAUAAACACACACACUCUCGCACACACACACCAGCUGGCUUGCUUGCAGACACACACCACCGAGAGCACUGAGAGGCAGACACUACAGAUGUGGAGGAUUGCUUUCUCUAAAUAUCUUAUUUUGAUGGACUCAUUGUCAGCUCUCAUUUCAGUGGAAAAACAGCCACCGCAGCAGAGAGGCAGGUGUGCCCUUUAAGAGGGGGAGCAGCUGAGGCAAGGACAGCAUCCAAGUCUCCAUCCUCUGUGGAGGUUGUGCAGCCCUAUAGAGUGUGAGAAAGAGGGGUGGUCAGUCGAAGCUCUCCAGUUUUCUGUUCUCGUUCCUUCCAUCUGGAAAAAGGCUGAAAUGGUUGGCAGCAUUCACAGGCCUAAACCUGUCUGAGUGAGCCCUAUGAACACAAGACCCAAUGGACAUCAAAGGCCAGUGUUGGACAGACGAGGAGUCGGACGGGGAGAAUGAGUCGGAGCAGUUCCUGUAUGGCAUUCAGGGGAGCUGUGCUGCUGACCUGUAUCGUCACCCUCAACUGGAUGCUGACAUCGAGGCAGUGAAAGAUAUCUACACUGACAGUGCUGUGUCUGUCAGAGAGUAUGGGACCAUCGAUGACGUGGACAUCGAUCUUCACAUUAACAUCGGUUUCUUAGACGAGGAGGUUGCGACAGCUUGGAAAGUUAUCAGAACAGAGCCCAUUAUUCUGAGACUGCGCUUUUCUCUUUCUCAGUACCUCGAUGGACCUGAGCCGUCAGUCGAAGUGUUCCAGCCCUCCAAUAAAGAAGGCUUCAGCCUGGGCCUGCAGCUCAAAAAGAUCCUGAGCACGUUCACCUCUCAGCAGUGGAAGCACCUCAGUAAUGAGUUCCUCAAGGCCCAGCAGGAGAAGAGGCACAGCUGGUUCAAAGCCGGAGGGACCAUCAAGAAGUUCCGAGCCGGGCUCAGCAUCUUCUCCCCCAUACCCAAGUCUCCAAGUUUCCCUCUGAUCCAAGACACAGUUUUAAAAGGGAAGCUGAGUGUCCCUGAGCUGAGAGUGACCCGUCUGAUGAACCGCUCCAUCUCAUGUACCAUGAAGAACCCUAAAGGCGAGCUGUACAGUUAUCCUCCAAACAGCCAGACUGUGGCUGUCCCGGCGGCCAGGGCCCCAGCGCAGAUUACCACGAGGCAGCUGAUUGAAUUGUUUUUCUCAUCCCAGGCGGGCGGCCACUGCAAGAACAUCCCUACCUUGGAGUAUGGCUUCUUAGUGCAGAUAAUGAAGUACUCAGAGCAGAGGAUCCCCACACUCAACGAGUACUGCGUGGUCUGUGACGAACAGCACGUCUUUCAGAAUGGAUCCAUGCUGAAGCCUGCAGUGUGCACCAGGGAGCUGUGUGUGUUCUCCUUCUACACUCUGGGUGUGAUGUCAGGAGCUGCAGAGGAAGUGGCCACUGGAGCAGAGGUGGUGGACCUACUUGUGGCUAUGUGUCGAGCAGCUCUUGAGUCUCCUCGUAAAAGCAUCAUCUUUGAGCCCUACCCAUCAGUCGUCGACCCCAAUGACCCCAAGACCUUGGCCUUCAACCCAAAGAAGAAGAAUUAUGAGAGACUGCAGAAAGCACUGGAUAGCGUUAUGUCCAUCCGGGAAAUGACCCAGGGCUCAUAUCUGGAGAUCAAGAAACAGAUGGACAAACUGGACCCUCUGGCCCAUCCGCUGCUGCAGUGGAUUAUUUCCAGUAACAGGUCUCAUAUUGUCAAGCUGCCUCUCAGUAGGCAACUGAAAUUCAUGCACACCUCCCACCAGUUCCUGCUGCUCAGCAGUCCCCCGGCCAAGGAGGCUCGUUUUCGCACUGCCAAGAAGUUAUACGGCAGCACCUUCGCCUUCCAUGGUUCCCAUAUAGAGAACUGGCACUCUGUUCUGAGAAAUGGACUAGUCAAUGCCUCUUAUACCAAACUGCAGCUGCAUGGGGCAGCGUAUGGAAAGGGCAUCUAUCUGAGCCCCAUCUCCAGCAUAUCUUUUGGAUACUCAGGAAUGGGGAAAGGACAGCACCGCAUGCCCACCAAAGAUGAACUGGUGCAGCGUUACAACCGCAUGAACACCAUACCACAGAGCCGACCAAUACAAUCAAGGUUUCUUCAGAGUCGAAACCUGAACUGCAUCGCUCUGUGUGAAGUUAUCACAUCUAAAGAUCUGCAGAAACAUGGAAACAUCUGGGUGUGUCCCGUCUCCGACCACGUCUGUACUCGCUUCUUUUUUGUGUAUGAGGAUGGCCAAGUAGGAGAUGCCAACAUCAACACCCAGGAGCCUAAGGUUCAGAAGGAGAUCAUGCGUGUGAUUGGGACCCAGAUCUACUCCAGCUAAUAGAGGUUCAGCAGCGACACACCGACGGAUUCUGGAGGAGGCACACAGGCAGGCAGGCUGAAAGAGCGAAUGUUUUGGCGAGUGGACCUCGGGCCUGAUACUGAAGGCCGAGGCAGCUCCUGAGCACAUUGUUUCUAGAGUUUUUUUUUUUGCUGGUCCUCUCAUUUUACCCUCUCUCCUCUUGUUCCUAAAUGAUUACACGCUACAUGUUUAUUUAACCGUCCGUUAGAUUUGAGCCUGGUCAAAGUCUGUCUGCUUUUCUCAGUUCAUGACACUAACAACAAAACUGUAACUCUGCUGAAGAAAAAACCAGGGUAGUCACUGGCUCUCCACACGUACAAUAUAUUCACACACCCACUUUCAAAUCUUGGAUCAACUGGGCUUUCUCCUUCAUGCUGCACUUCCACUGAUCCGUUGGACUAAUUAUCUCUAUUUAUCAUUUCUCUUUGUGAAUAUCUAGUAAAAAAAAGAAUUCCAAACAAUAAUUAAAUCCCUUUGUGGUUGGAUGGAUUUACAUGCACAUAGAAGUUUGUUAUCUUAUUGUGUUUACGAAGGCAUUAUCUCUGAUUUCAUUUUCCUCAACUAAAGACAUGAAUUAAGCUUCUGUGAAUUUAUGGUAAUCUGACGGGGAGCAGGCAGCGCUCUGUUGUUUUUGUCCUUGUCUGACUGGAUGAAGCUGCCAGAGUCCAGUAAACGAGGCGUAGUUACGUACACUAUGGGCACUUUGAUUAUCAAAUGUUAAAAAAAAAAAAAAAAAGCAGUUAACAGUGUUGUGAUUUUUCAUGACUGGAUCAAGACCGUUCUGAUCGAUGAUGCACUUUCAAAACCUCACAGCUCCUCAAAAAAAAAACAUUACUUCUAUCUGACUGGACAAACGUGUGAAAUGUCCUUAAAUCUUUAUUUAAUUAUAUUUUUUGAUUAACAAUAAUGAGAUUAGACCCUGUAAUGUAAAAGCGUUGGUAUGAUUCCACUGUUGUUUCGCUUUUAAUUCAUUGUUUUGUUUUACAGAGGGUAGCCUGUGUUCCACUGGACAUUAUUUUUGCAUUUUCAUGCAUUUGUCUGAAAAUAUGCUCCUGUCUUGAUAUUUUGACAAAGAUAGGUUUAAAAAUAAGUUUGUUUAAUCAGGCAUCUUUUUCCUUUCGAUAAUUUAUUUUUCAAUAAAUCUCUUUGUGUAUGAUCUACACUUCUCAUUGGAUGAACAAAAAUUCACUGUACAGAAAAACAUGGACAAUUUAACCAAACUAUCUACAGAGAGUAUCCAGUCCAGGUGAGCUCACAUCCCUCCCACUCCGACCUAUCGGACACUGGAUGUUACAGAGGUGCAUUAAAGUGCAGCUCUUUGAGAACCUUGUAUAGCUAAUCAAGUUUAUCAGUUAGUCAUGUACUGUAUGUAUGUAUGUACGUAUGUAUGUAUGUGUGGGUUUGUAUUUUCUUGACAUUAUACUAGACAUUGCACUUAUUCAAAGUUUGCCUAAGCUGGAGAAAUGGACUGUCCUCGGACCUGCAGCAGUGGAGGAAAAGAGGGUAAAAAAAAUAUUAACGGAGUCAGGAAAACUAUAAUAUUCAACAUCUUAACUAUGUCUGUACUAAUAUGGGCUUUCAGUGUUUCCUGGAACUAAAGAUUCCGACUACUGAAUGGACUCUGAGGCACUGAAAGAGAACGAACUGUAAAUAAGGACAAUGGGAGGACUUCUUUAACCAUUUUGCAAAGAAAGAGACGGGUGUGUGCAGUUGACUGUGCUAAAAACUGAUGCCUGUUUUUUUUGCCAAGAGGUUUGAGCUUUGAGUCUCUUUGAGAAUCUGUUCUCUCGCCUCCCUGUCUCUGGUGAGUAAUGUUUUCAGAGAUGAUGUCAACGACAAUGAUGGUGAUUAUGAUUAUGAUGAAAGGCGACAAUGCAGGAGGAAAAAAAAGAAUAAAGCCUGA